AAUAUAUAAAAAAUUUGCUAUAUAAAAGUAUUUAUAAGCGUAUUUUUUGGUGUGAAUUAUUAACUCGAUAGUGAAAAAAAAAGUUGCUGGAAAACAAAAACGUUGAGCAAAUAAGGAUAAAAUUAAAAAAUUCUAUAAUUUGUUUAUAAACAGAAAAAUAAACAAUAUUGAAUAUUUGACAAUUUCAGUAAAAGAAAUACAGCUACGCUGUAGGAGUAACACUUCUGCUGGGAUAAAAAAGAGCCCAAGAACAAAAUUGAAAUAUUCCUCGAGAUGAGCGGGAAAGUUCGUUUAAAGGCGAAUGGUAUUCUUGAUGAGGAUCCCUUAACAUUGCAAGAAAUCGUCUAUAAAUAUAUAUGCAAAUAUUUAGAUGUAAUUAGUUAUCGCUCUGAGAAAGAUCAAGUGCGCAGACUCUACGAUGACAUUGUUAUACCAAAUGAUAUAUGCGAUCGUUUACUUGAUGCUUAUCAACGUUUUAAUCGACAUAUUGAUGACAGCCUUGUUCAUUUAUUUGAAGAUCCCAACCGCACAUCUUUACAAAUGGUCAACCUACGUAAUAGCACUAUAACCAGCAAAGGACUUGAAAUUAUAAUGCGACACAAACUGUACUCAUUGAGUAUGUGGUAUUGUGAUGGCAUAACAGCGCAAUCCAAUCAUUUGCUGUCACGCUUUGGUGAAAAUCUGAGAUUUCUUGAGUUAGGCAUUAGUUCACAUCUAUUGCAAGAUGCUGAACCAAAUGAUGCCAAACCGAGUGAACCAAUUGAUUUUCAAUUCAGUUGCCCGCAUUUGAGAAAACUUGUGUUAAAUAAUGUGGUUAUGCACCAACGUUUACAAUUCGCACAUCUAGUGGACUUAAAUCAUUUAGAUCUGACAUCGUGUACAUUGGUUAAUUUCUCAUUGGAUGCUUUAACAUUUUUACCUCAUCUGCAUACACUUAUACUUUUCAAUGUCUGGCCAAUUGCGAAUCAAUUGCAUGCAAUUUGCUGUCUGCAUAAUCUCCGCACUUUGGAUAUAUCAAUAAGCAGUUCAGGAAAUGGACAUGGGACUUAUGAUUUGCCCGACCAAAUAUUGGAAAUGCUAAUGGAGAAUUUGCCUAAUCUAACACAUUUAGAUAUAUCUGGUACGAAUUUAGCUGGGAAUGGAGUAGCGACUAAAGAGUCUAAUAUAAAGCACAAUUCGGAUAUACCAGGGUUAUCAACAAGGACACAAAAACCAUUACAAUUUUUAGGACUAUAUCAUACAGCACAUUGGGCAUGUAAGAGACAUGAUAUACCAGCUAAAGAGAUUGCUGGUGAUGCGAAUGAAAAACAAAUACUAACAGCUGCGCGGUAUUAUUAUGAUAGACCAGUACUAUUGACGAGGGUGCUGAAUGAUCUUUACCAUCUGUUUCGCUUUGAAAAUUGUAAGGAUAUCCAUACCGCACUUGAUGUCGUUCUAACCGCAAUGGAUCGUCAUUUAAAAUUUAAACAUAUGCAAAUAUCUGGCAGUGCCACAUUAUUUUAUAUUGUCAAAGGCCGUGAUCGUUCUAAGUUUGGAACACCUCUUCGAAAUCAUAUAAUAAGUACAUUAUUAAAUGGUAUGGAAACGCAUAUUGGGGAUGACACAAUGCUUAGAAAUGGUUAUUUAACAUUAACACAGUUUCAAAUGCCCAGUGAUGUGCUUUUUGAAUACGAACGCUUGAUAAAGAUUUUAUUAUAUGGAGUAUCAAAGACAGAACAAGAAGGUUUCGUACAAAGGAUAGCUAUUUAUUUAUUAAAUACGUUGGCAUGCCAAGUUGAUGGCAGACAGAAACUGUUUUUAGGUGAACUUGGAGUUGUAAAUGUUAUGUUAACUUUAAUCAAGGAUCGUUUAAUACGUAAGGUAUUUGAUGAUGUCAUGGAAGUUGCAUGGUCAACCAUGUGGAAUGUAACUGAUGAGACUGCUAUUAAUUGUAGAAGAUUUUUAGAUGGACGUGGUAUGGAAUACUUUUUACGUUGUCUAAAUACUUUCCCUGAUCACGAAGAAUUACUUAGAAAUAUGAUGGGCCUUUUAGGAAAUGUAGCUGAAGUAAAAUCACUGAGACCGAAAUUAAUGACGCAGGAGUUUAUAAAAGUCUUCGCUUUUCUGUUAGACUCAAUAAGUGAUGGCAUUGAAGUAAGCUAUAAUGCCGCUGGCGUUUUGGCGCAUAUUGCUUCGGAUGGUCAAGAAGCAUGGACUGUUGAAUCACCCUCACGAAAUGAUGUACUGCAACGAAUGGUGAAAGCUAUUGAACGUUGGAAUAUUAAAAGUGAAAGAAACAUAAAUUAUCGUAGUUUUGAACCGAUUUUAGGAUUAGUACGAUGCUACGAAACACCAGAAUGUCAACAUUGGGCUGUUUGGGCAUUAGCUAACUUAACACAGGUCUAUCCCGAAAAAUAUUGUCAACUUGUCGAACAAGAAAAUGGCAUACAAAUCCUAAAUGAACUCAUUAAUCAUCCAAGUCCUUAUCAUGAGAUUAAAAAAAUUGCAUAUAUGGUUAUCGAACAGUGCUCAAAUCGACCGCAGCCAAUGCUUGAGGGCUAAAAAUUAACCUGUUAUAUUAAGUACAUUUAGAAGUUUAUUUAAAAUAAUUUUUGGUUUCUUAAAAAUUUAUUUUAUUAAAUUUUAUUUUAAUUUGGUUUUUGAUAUAGUAAUAUUAUGCAUGACAAAUAACAACACAA